GUGACAUCAUUAUCAUCAAUAGCGAGUCCAGCUCGAUCUAACUCUUCCGCAUCCAUUUGCCUUGAUGGCAGAACUCAUGGCGAUCAAGUGAGUACAUCAUCACCUGCACCUGAAGACAGCAUUAGUCGACAAGGAACUCCACAUGGACUUCGUUUCGAAGCGCCAUCGCCUCGGAGUGAUCCGUGGCAGCGUCGGAAGUCGAAAAUUUCGAAAGGGAAGUCUGCAGGCUCGACGCAAUCCUCAGCUAUAGAAAAAACAAUUGCUCGUAUGCGGGUUGAAAGCACAAAGUGCAACGGAGUUCCGGGAGGAAUGAGCUCGAAUGUGAACUUAGCUGCACGAGAUUAUUUAUUGGAUAUGAUCGAGAAGAUGGGUGGCAAUGCUGUCAAGUACCCAUCUCGAGAUGAUCUAGCGUCUUUUGUGACCGAAAAGAUUGACAAAAGGAGGCCUUUCCGAGCCACUAGGCGGAUGGUCGACGAAUAUGAUAGCCUCAGAAGAGUUCGAAAUGUUCUGGAUAAGUAUGGGAAGCAUAAAUCUAGCAGGAAAGCUGUCGAUUCGAGCGCUCAUCCUGAUGAAGUUGCCAGAGUGGUUGAGAGGCAGUCGUCUUCCGAGCAAGCGAGUGAAGAUGGGGAUAAUGCUGCGUCACUAUCUGGAUCUGCUGUUACAGAUGAUGCCUCUGAAGCUAUUGAGCGGCAAAGGUAG